CCCUCCGCUCCGCUCCACUGCCACUCGCGCCAUCGCGCUAUCGCGCAGCCAGUCUCCUCUCACUUCAAUGGAGGCUGUUCUACGACACCCAUCCCUUUCCCGCCUCAAAACUCCCAACCCCAACGGAACCCCCGCCCUUUCCGUCACCGUCCCUUUCCGCCUUCGCCUCCCCAAGCGCCGGCUCACCGCCGCGGCGGUGUUCCAGGACCAGACCAACCCAAGAAACCCAGCAAGCAAGGGAGGCGACGACGACGAGGCGUACGGCGAGGUGGACCGUAUCGUGUCCAGCCGCACCGUCAAGAACCCGGUGUUCGCGGAGGACGGCUCGGCCACCACGGUCACCGCCACGGAGUACCUCGUCGAGUGGAAGGACGGGCACGAGCCUUCCUGGAUUCCGGCGGAGGCCAUAGCGGCGGACGUCGUGGCGGAGUACGAGACGCCUUGGUGGACGGCCGCCAAGAAGGCGGACGCGGCGGAGAUCACGGCGCUGCUCGCGGACGAGACGCUGCGGCGUGACCCCGACGCGGAGGACGCGCAGGGGCGCACCGCGAUCCACUUCGCCGCUGGGCUGGGAUCCGAGGAGUGUGUGCGAGCUCUCGCCGAGGCCGGGGCCGACGUCGGCAGGCCGGAGCGCGCCGGCGGCGGGCUCACGCCGCUGCACAUCGCGGUCGGGUACGGGCGUGCGGCGGCCGUGCGCGCGCUGCUGGAGCUGGGUGCCGAACCUGAGGUCCCCGACGGGCAGGGCCGGACGCCGCUGGAGCUGGUCCAGGACGUGCUUGCGAAGACUCCCAAGGGCAACCCGGCGACGUUCGAGAGGCGGCUGGCGCUGGAGGCGGCGGCGAAGGAGCUGGAGAAGGCCGUGUACGAGUGGGGCGAGGUGGAGAAGGUGGUGGACGGCCGCGGCGAAGGCAAGUGGCGGGAGUACCUGGUGGAGUGGCGCGACGGCGGCGACAGGGAGUGGGUGAAGGCGGCGUGGGUGGCGGAAGACCUGGCGAAAGACUUCGACGCCGGGCUGGAGUACGCCGUCGCCGAGGCCGUCGUCGACAAGAGGCAGGCGGCGGACGGGGAGGGGAAAUGGGAGUACCUUGUCAAGUGGGUGGACAUCGAGGAGGCGACGUGGGAGCCCGCGGAGAACGUCGACGCCGAACUCCUCCAGGAGUUCGAGCAGUGGCAAUCUGGCGCGGCUGCCGGCGGCGGUGCUGCGCCGCCAACUGAGACGGUCGCCGGGAACAGCGUUACGCCGGGAGAUGUUUGAUUCUUCCUGGUUUUGCGGUGUUUGGAUAAUGUGCUUAUGCUGGUCCAUGUAUGAUGUAUCAUUAGCGAUUUGAUAAUUUUUUAGCUGAACGAAACUUUUGCCUCGGAUUGUAAUUUGAGAAUAUGCGAGCUUCAGAAAAUGGAAACAAAAUUUCUAUUUCUCUUUAAUUGCAACAGAAAUGCUUGCCUUGCAGUAAGGCAGCCUAUCCCAUUGGGCCAUUGGAAGAAAUGCUGAAGCCAAGGAAUCUAG